AGCUCGCUUGGCUGGCCUCGGUGGCGCUGCUGCUCUGGUCGCUGUCGAGGCUGCGGGAGCAGAAGGAGGUCGACAUCAUGGAUCUCAUGUGGGAAGACAGAACAUGGAUGGGAGGGAGGAAAUUAAUGCAAGUGAAUGGCACUCUGACUUCCGAAGAUGCAGGACUCCGGAAAGUCAAGAAUUGCACGAGUCCAGCCCUGGAGGAGUUCCCCAAGGACAUCUUCAGCAAUGAGGACAGAAAACAAGGGGCAGUGGUCCUCCAUGUACUCUGUGCCAUGUACAUGUUCUACGCACUGGCCAUUGUGUGUGAUGACUUCUUUGUGCCCUCCUUGGAGAAGAUCUGUGAGCAAGUACGAUCACUCUCAGAGCUCCUCUUUGGUCCCAGGAUUCUGGCUUGGGGAGAGUCAAGUCAGCUGACCUGGGUUUUUGUUUCAGGAGUCUUCAUCACAAAGGGGGACGUGGGUGUUGGGACCAUCGUGGGCUCAGCCGUGUUCAAUAUCCUCUGUAUCAUUGGUGUCUGCGGACUCUUCGCUGGACAGGUAGUGGCUCUUUCCUCCUGGUGCCUGCUGAGAGAUUCAAUUUACUACACAAUGUCUGUGAUUGCACUCAUUAUGUUCAUUUAUGAUGAAAAAGUUUCUUGGUAUAAUGCUUGCAUUCAUCAGUGCUUCGAACGGAGGACAAAAGGUGCCGGCAACAUGGUCAACGGGUUAGCCAACAAUGCUGAAAUUGAUGACAGCAGCAAUUGUGACGCGACGGUAGUGCUACUAAAAAAAGCCGAUUUCCACCGCAAAGCAUCCGUGAUCAUGGUGGAUGAGCUGCUGUCCGAGUAUCCACACCAGCUCUCUUUUUCUGAGGCUGGCCUUCGAAUCAUGAUAACAAGCCACUUUCCACCCAAGACCCGGCUCUCCAUGGCCAGCCGCAUGUUGAUCAAUGAGAGACAAAGACUGAUAAACAGCAGAGCUUGUGCCAAUGGAGAAUCUGAGGUGGCCAUCAAAAUCCCCAUCAAGCACACAGUGGAGAAUGGGACAGGUCCCAGCAAUACCCUAGACAGGAGUGUCAAUGGGACCCGCAGAGAUGAUGCCGAGGCUAGACAUGAGAUGGACAAUGAGAAUGAUGAGGACGAGGAAGAGGAAGAUGAAGAAGAAGGGCCAUACACACCAUUUGACCCCCCCUCUGGCAAACUGGAAAUAGUGAAAUGGAUAUUCACCUGGCCCCUGAGUUUGGUCUUAUACUUCACUGUUCCCAACUGCAACAAGCCCCGCUGGGAGAAAUGGUUUAUGGGGACGUUCGCUUCUUCGACGCUUUGGAUUGCAGCCUUCUCCUACGUGAUGGUGUGGAUGGUCACAAUCAUUGGCUUUACUCUGGGGAUUCCUGAUGUCAUCAUGGGGAUCACCUUCCUGGCUGCUGGAACCAGCGUACCUGACUGCAUGGCCAGCCUCAUUGUGGCCAGACAAGGUAUGGGAGACAUGGCUGUGUCCAACUCCAUUGGGAGUAAUGUAUUUGACAUCUUGAUCGGCCUGGGGCUCCCUUGGGCUCUUCAGACACUGGCAGUGGAUUAUGGCUCCUACAUCCGCCUGAACAGCAGGGGACUAAUCUACUCUGUGGGCUUGCUCCUGGCCUCUGUGUUUGUCACGGUGUUUGGUGUCCACCUGAACAAGUGGCAGCUCGACAAGAAACUUGGAGGCGGAUGUCUUUUCCUGUAUGGUGUGUUCCUGUGCUUCUCCAUCAUGACCGAGUUCAACGUGUUCACCUUUGUGAACUUGCCCAUGUGCAAGGGGCAAUGAUCUGCCAGCAGCCUGCCUAGACCCGGCUCCUUCUGUGCAAUAGGAGACCCAGCCACCCUGAGUCCCAUGGCCUGGGCUGGGCAUCAGUCAGGCUCUCCUCACGGUUCAUUCGCCUUGACUCCUGUCUGGGGAACAGUGGCCCCCUGCCUCGUCCCUCGCUCCUCUGAUGCCUCAGGUCCUACAUCCCACCAACUCCCUCACCCUUCCCUCGUGCCUCUUCUGUGUCAAGACUUCCAACAUCCAUGUGACUUCAAUCUCCCUUUUUAAACAGUGACUGAGAUUUUAGAAAAACCGGCUGCUAACUGGCCCAAGCCAGGCAAAACUUGUUCCCAAUCCUCUUCCUUUUUUUUAAUUAAGUUAUUUGACAGAAGACUAAUCUAAUUUAUGACCUGAGACUGUUGAAGAAGUAGAGAGGAGCGGGGUGCAUUGACUGUGAGGGAGUUUUAUGAUUUAGUUUUGUUUUGUGGUGAUUUCUUCGGUGACUGGGUUUGGGGUUUGCUCUGUCUGAGGGGUCUCCCCCCCCACACCUUUUCCCUUUCCUCCCAGAGAUCGAGAGCUUUUUAUAUCAUCUUUUUCACUGGGCUCUAGAUUAGUUGAUUAUCCCAAAACUGCCCUGUAGUGUCUCCUGGGAUUGGUACUAGCCACACUGGAAUAUGCCUGGACUUAGCGCUCAUUGAAGGAACAGCUAGGCAACCUGCCCAGGAAAGAAUGUGUGAGUUCUUAUACCUAAGGAUUCCCAAAGGCCUGUGGGAGUUACCUAGAGGGGUGCAAGAUGUUAAAGGAUAAAGAUAGCUUCCCACAUGCCCCGAUAAGCACCACUUCUCCCUCGUCCUUUCUAGUUGUUCAAGCAAUAGCUGUAGUCUGCCCAAGGCCUCGGAGGAGGUGGCCUGAUUAAACUAUCCACCCCGAGCCACCAGGCCAUCAACACAGGAGCUUUCCAACUGAGUUCUUCAGAUGGGCUUUUCGUUUCUUGUUUUUUCGCUUGGCCCUUGGGGUUCAAAGGGCAACCCACAGGCCGCCACUGCUUUCUGUGAAGGAGUUUAUAGACACUGGUUUCUCGGAGGGGAAGAAGCGCACUUUGCACAGGCAUUCUUGAUACAGUCCCAACUGGCCACUUCGUAUUGAAUACACUGGACCCUGAAGUCUGGCUCUUGGCCAAAUGCCCUUCCUUAUAGGGGACCACUGCCAAGCUGACCUGGCUUCACCCUUUCCCUCCUGGAAGGAUGGCAAAGGAAAGAGAAGACCAGAAAACUGACACCUUUGAAGCCACAAAAUGUGUUAAACACAAACUUGCUAAAAGGCAGAAGUUAUUGUGAACAUUUUUGCCAAUCACCACUCCAUAGUCCUGCUAGAUUCUGUGUGAUGCUGAAUUAAUAUGCAUAAUAAUUCCACAAAUUGAGAUAUACCCAUGCUUGUUCUACUGUAUUUAUUGGAAAUGUGGAUUCUUGCCCGUUCUGACCCUCAAUAUUUACUUUUGAACACUGAUCACUCCUCAUUUAUCGGUAUGGUUUUUUCCCCUAUCCCUUGUACACUUUCUGGUAUGAGUUGUAAAAGCAAUAUGCUACAAAUUGGUUGAAUGCUUCUGUCUACGGCAUAAACUGAGACCAACGUUAGCCCAUGGGACGCCCACCCAACAGAAGGACCAGAGAGGAAAUCGCCAAUUUGGUCUUUCAGAGCCACAGCACACUUACUGACUCUGUUGCACAUUUUGCACUGGUUUAUGGCAAUUGUUUUCUUUGGAUGGAUAGUGUAAAAUAAACUUCUCUGGUAUGUAUUC